GGAGACUUUUGCACUAUAUAACCGUGGUCUAGAAGUAGGAACAUCAUUCAGUCUUCAGCUUCUCGUUGAACACAAACAUCAAACAUGUCUACCUUCGCUGUUCUGUUGCUCUGCAUCCAAGCUUGCUUGGUUCAGGUGAGUGAUCUAACCAAUUUUUUUCUUCCAAUAAUUUCUCAUCCUGAAUAUCAGGAACCGAAUGUGUUCGGUAUCGGGUGCGGCUGCGGGGGUGCAGCUCCUGCCGCUCUCUCCGGCGCCGCUCCCUGCGGCUACGGCCUAGGCUCCGGCCUUGGCUACGGUGCUGGUCUGGCUGGCUCCUACGGAUUGGCUUCUGGUUUGGGUUAUGACGGACUCGCCUACCCUGGCGCUGCCGGUUACGGCUCUGGAGUCGCCGCGUACGGCGGCGCCGGUGAAGGCAACGUGGCGGUCGCUGGUGAGCUGCCAGUCGCCGGUAACACCGCUCUGUAUGGACAGGUGCCCAUCAUGGGCGCUGUCAGUUUUGGUGGAUCUGUCCCGGCUGCUGGUGCCGUGUCUAUCUCCGGACAGUGCGCGUGCGGCUGCGGUGCUCCAAUUGCUGCUCCUGUUUACUGCUGA